ACGGUUGUAACAGGAGCUCGAGAAUGGCAGUAAGUCAGUUGAGUCAAAAGGAUUAUUUGAAGAAAUAUUUCUCAUCUAAUGCAGAAGAUAAAAGGAAGAGGAAGAAAAAGAAACUUUCGAAAACAACACAUGAAAGGUUUCGUGUAGUGGAUGAUGACAUAGAUUUAAAGAAUAUGCGACCACUUGAUGAAGGUGAAUUAGAUUUGUACCAUCUAUCAGAAGAUGCACCACAGAUUGCGGGGAUUAUUGAUGAACGCCCGGAGUAUAUGCGGACACUUGAGGAAUUUCGUGGAACCAGGAAAUGGAGAAUAAUGUCUGAUGAAAAUGGAGCAGAAGAUAUUAAAGUAACUGCUGUAGGAAAUGUAGACAAGCAAGUAGUUACAGGAUCAUUGAGAAAUCAUGGAAAGUCAGACUUAUCUCCACAGAGAAGAUGUGAUUCUGCUAAAGAAAGUAAAAAGGCAUCCAACAAACAUCCUGAUUCAGAGUCUUCGCCUAUGAGGAAAUGUCAAGGUGACUCAGAUGCAUCACCCCCUAGGAAAUCAAGGAUACGUAGCGAGUCAGAUAUUUCCCCUCCAAGAAAGUUACAGAUGAAGGGAAAAAACAGGAAAGAAAAUGAUUCUGAUUCCUCACCUCCAUGGAAGCAUAAAAAUGGUCCAGCAUUCUCUCCUAAGAGUAGCGAUUCAGAAGUGUCUCCACUUAGAAAAGAAAAAAGUAAAAGGGACCUGUCACCAGUCAGGAGAAGCAAAGGUGACACAAGUUUGUCUGCAGUCAGGAGGAGUAACUGUGAUAUGGAUUUGUCACCUGUUAGGAAAAGUAAGCAUGACAGUAACUUAUCUCCUGCUAGAAAAGGUAAACAUGAAGCAGGAAAACCCACAUCAACACAGAGAAGCACAAAACAUGGCAUAUCAUCUCCAAGAAAAAAUAAAUACCAUUCUGAUUCAUCACCACCAAGAAAAUCGAGAAAGUCAGAAGGGUAUGAUGAGACGCAUCUGAGAAAUUCAAGGAAACAUGGCGGUAAGACAAACAGAGAUCAAAGAAGGCGCAGUGAUUCAGAUACGUCACCUCCUAGGAAGAUUCCAAGACAUUAUGGUUCACCAUCUUUGCAGUCAAGAAAAGAUAGUUCAAGAGCAUCAUCAUCCCUCAAAACAUCAAGGAACAGCGAUUCUAGUCAUCAUGGUACAGCUCGUAAAUAUGAACAGCAUGGAUCACUUCCAGUAAGAUCAAAACAGGGAGGCUUCAAAGAGUCCAACAAACAAAAUAAAGAUUGUUCACUUGUAAUGGAAUCUGUUUCACCCUCAAGACACCAUAAUAGAAGUGAGUCACCAGUCAGUAAAGGCAGGCAUCAGAGCUUGCCUGAUUCACCUCCAAGAAAAUCAGGAGGCCGUGCACAUUCCGAGAACAGUUUCUCUGAUAACUCACCACAGAGGAUUUCUAAAAGGUCAAGGAAUUCUCCAAAGAAAAGUGAUUCUGAAGGAAGAGGGAAAGUCGAAAAUAAAAAUGUACAUCAAGACAGACGGGAUAAAAUGAAAGGGAAAAUGGAGAAGACAUUGGAUGGCAAAAAAGCUGGUUUACAAGUUGCUGGAGAGCUUAGACAAGAGAUAUCAGACUUCAAACGCAGAGAAGAUGAUUUGUUUGCUCUGAUGGGUGAUGAAAUAUCAGGGAAAGGAGCUGUGGUUGUGGUGCGAGAUCGUACAACUGGCAAGUGUCGGAACUUGGAGGAAGAAGCGAAACAGAAGCAAGAACAAGAUGAAAAAAUGGCACAACGUAAAGAGAAAUAUGCAAAAUGGGGUAAAGGGUUGAAACAGGUAGAGGAGCAGAAAGAAAAUUUGCAGCAGGCCCUACACGAGAUAUCAAAGCCAUUAGCUCGAUAUGCAGACGACAAAGACUUGGAGCAACAUCUGCGUAACCAGGAACGUGAAGGGGAUCCCAUGUUGGAAUAUAUACGUAGCAAAAAGACAGAAGAAAAAACAAAAAGUAAACUUAAGUACCAAGGUACCUUCCUGCCAAAUCGAUUUGGUAUUCCACCUGGGCACAGGUGGGAUGGUGUUGAUCGUUCCAAUGGCUAUGAAAGACAGUGGUUUGAACGACAGAGUUCACGCAGAGCAGUUGAGGAGGAAGCAUAUAAAUGGAGUACAUCAGAUAUGUAAUGUUCAUGUACAUAUCCCAAAAUCGGAAACUCAGUGCCUUCUUCAUUGAGGUUAUUACUAUUAUAUGUAAAAUGUAGAUGGUGCACAUUUCAUGGUAAAAUAUCAUUUACUAGGAUGAUUAAAUCAAAGACAUGA